AUGUCCGACAAAGACAUUCAUCCAAAUAAAUUCAGCGAACUUCGAAGUAUCUACAAAUACUACAUUGAUUCAUAUAAUGCGUUAUAUCAGCUGAAAACUGAAAAUGAAGAAGAUUUAAACUCAAUUUACAAACUGAUCAAAACAGAAUUGAUUGAUUCAAAUAAACAUCCACCACAAAUAAUUAUUCGAGACAUUUUAAAUAUAAUUCCGUAUAAUAAUCGCUAUACAAAGUCAUAUUUAUCUCUUGCCAAACACAUAUCUGAUGAUUACCAUGUCACAGAUGUCAGAAAAGUUGAACCUGUUUCAAACUUCCUGUUUUACAAAGAAUAUGGAAUUAAAUUAGACAAAUCUAAUGAUUUUGAAAAAAUUAACACAGAAAAUCUUGAAAUUCAUUCAGAAGAUACAAUUUACAGAGCAAUUAUGUAUAAUGACUUAGAAAGAUUCAUUGCAUUCACUGAAAGAGAUGGAUUUGAUAAAGAUCAAAAACUUGAAAGCAGAUUAUAUCCAAUUGAUUUUUAUCCUAGAGGAUAUUCAUUACUUGAAUUAUGUUGUUAUCAUGGAGCUGUUGAUUGUUUCAAGUUAUUAAGAACGAAAUUUCAAUCAGAAAUAACUCGAACAUGUCUUAAAUUUUCAUUUUUAGGAGGAAAUCCAGAAAUCAUGAGUGAAUGUUUGAAAUAUCAAACGCCAGAUGAAGAAUGCAUGAAAUAUGCAAUUAUUUCACACAAUAUAGAUUUUGUUACAUUCUUGAUGAAUGAAUACCAUUUAGAGAUAGUUUUAGAUUAUUGUGCACAGUAUAAUAAUAUUGAAUCAUUUUUAGUUUAUUUCGAUCAAACUAAUAAUGUUUACACAUGCUUUUAUAUUUCGGUGAUAUUUAAUAUUCCAUCUCUUUGUGAAUAUUUUCUUUCAAAUGGUAUAAAUAUCAAUGAAAAAGAUGAAUUUGGACAAACUACUCUUCAUAUUGCAGCACAAUAUAAUAGUAAAGAAACAGCCGAAUUUCUUAUUUCACAUGGUGCAAAUAUAAAUGAAAAGGAUAAUUUUGGAAAAACUACUCUUCAUUAUGCAGUAAGAUCUAAUAGUAAAGAAACUGCCGAAUUUCUUAUUUUGCAUGGGGCAAAUAUCGAAGAAAAAGAUAUAUCCGGAGAAACCGCUCUUCAUAUUGCAGCAACUCAUAAUAGUAAAGAAACUGCCGAACUUCUUAUUUCGCAUGGUGCAAAUAUCAAUGAAAAAGAUAAUAAUGGAGGAGCCGCUCUUCAUAUUGCAGCACUAAAUAAUAGUAUAGAAACAGCCGAACUUCUUAUUUCGCAUGGUAUAAAUAUCAAUGAAAAAGAUAAUAAUGGACAAACCGCUCUUUAUUAUGCAGCAAAAAUUAUUGCAAAGAAGCCGCCGAACUUCUUAUUUCACAUGGUAUAA